AUGUCGACCAAUGUGGUUUCGAUUAAUGACAAUAAUUUAAUAGAUGAUUGUAUUUCAAUUUUAAAACAGGAUGGAGUUUUAGCUGUACCAACAGAUACAAUUUAUGGUCUUGCUGCAUUAGUGAAUAGUGAGAAAGGUUUUCGUAGAAUCUAUGAAAUUAAAGGUCGAUCAUUUACGAAACCUUUAGCUAUAUCUAUUGGUACUAUCGAUGAUUUAUUUAUUUGGUCAAAACCAACUCUUACAAAAGAGCAAUUAUCUACUGGUGAUCUUCUUCCUGGGCCAGUAACACUUAUGUUUGAAAGACAAUCCAUAUUACCUUCAUAUUUCAAUCCAGAUGCAAACCAAGUCGCUCUUCGUAUUCCCAAUUGUCAAUUCAUGAUUGAAUUAGCUCAACGUUUACAAGAACCGAUUGCUUUAACCAGUGCAAAUAUAUCGAAUGAACCAAGUGCAGUUUGUAUACAAGAAUUUGAAGCAUUAUGGCCACAAAUUGAUCUAGUAAUUGAUGGUGGUUUAUUAACAUCGAACGAUCGAUGUGGUUCAACCAUUGUUGAUUUAUCUGAAAAAGGUUAUUUUAAUAUACAACGUCAAGGGAUCGAUUGUGAACGUAUCGUAAAAUAUUUAAAAGAACAUUGCCAAUUAAAAGAGAAGAAUGCUGUUUUUUGA